AUUCGAUCAAACCCCACAUCAUGGUCAGACUCAAGACGAGAUACAUUUUGUUCGACAUCCUCUACCCGGACAGCAUGUCACCCGGGUAUGCCUCGCAGAGAGACGCGAUGCUUGUGCUCCACCAGCCAAGCCCGCAGAAUAUCAACCAGAAAAUUCUAAUAAACACGUUGCGGGGGAUUAUCCAGGAGUUUUUUGGAGACUUUGGGGCCGGAACGUCCGGAAUAUCGCUCACAUUGAAAUAUUUUUCCAACAAAACAUCCACCGGAAUCAUCCGUGUGGGACGCAGCGCCUAUCGCAUUGUGUGCGCCGCGCUCAUGAUGAUCAAUCGGCUUCACGACAACGAUGUGGUAAUGAGGGUGGCUCGGGUCAGUGGGACCAUAAAAAAAUGCGAGAACUACGCGAUCAAACGCAAUAAUGAGAUGACCCGGUUGUUGCGGGGCGGUGAGGCAGACGACAACCGGUUCCGCGACGAUGUCAUGGGCAUCACCGACGACGAAAUGAAUGAUGAGUGAGCUGAUUUAAUAAGUACUGGGUAGUUUUCUUUUAAAUUACAAGAACCAAAAGAGGGUUAGAAAUGAAUAUGGUAUAGUUAGGUUUGAUUCAACGUGGCAUGUUCGUAAGAGUUGAGAAUUUACUGUUU